AUGAGUCAAUCAGUGAAUGCUAAACCUUUAGAAAUUUCCAAAUCUGAAAAACAAUUCUACCACGAUUUGAUCCAACACAACGAUCAAGUCAUUAAUCAAUCAGAAAUUCAACAUCAUUCCAACAAGAAAACCACAACACUCCAAUACAAUGAAUUCAUUUACAAAGAAAAUCCCAAGUUGACCAACCUUAUGGAAUUUGAUUGUAAAUCAAGAGAUAGUGGUUGUCAGGCAAAACUUGUUUAUUAUCCUCAAUUUAACAAGUGGACGCAAUCUCAUGAUCAUUCACAUGCUCCACCAAAGUAUUAUGGUAGUGGAGAGGUGGGUAAAUUGUGUCCAGAGAGGAGAAGAGAAGUAUUUGAUUGGCUUUAUUCGAAUCCUGACGAUUCUUUGGAUGUUAAUGAGGUGGUGAAUGUAUUAAAUUCGAAACUUUCACCACUUCAUAAAGGAAAUCCAAGCUUUGAAGUGAAAACUAAUCAUGUAGAAUCUGCUCGAAAUAAGAUUAAGCAAAUGGACAAGCUACUCAACUUGGACGAAUUGACCAAAGGACCCCUCGCUAAAACAGUGAGCGAGGAAGAAUUCUUAAGAACUUUCGAAUUCACUCCUCAAUUUAAUUUAUUCUACUCCAGUCCAGCACAAAUGUUAAUUAUCAAGAUUGCCCAACUGGAACAACUCAAUUAG